AUGUAUGUCGAUCCAGGCUCCGUCAACCCAACUUCCGGUGGUGCCCUCUUCUCCGGCACGCAGCGCCAGUCGCUUCAAAGCCCCUGUCUCCCCGACCGCUCACAAUGGGAUACAUCCGCCGCUGCCUGUCCGCCAAAAUCAGUGGAGGACGAGUAUUUCCCACCACCGGGCGUCACGGUCUUGGAGCUCAUGGUCUGGCAGCCAACACAUCAAGCCCCGGAUGGCACCUCUCCAGCGGAGGGGAUAGUGGAGUUUUCGAAUGACGAACGGACCCCGACAUCCGAGCUCCCUUUGUGGGUCUACGAAGCCCACCACCCUCGCGUGGUGCUCCCCUCCCUGCGGCAAAACCUUGACCGGGCUGGGUCGUUUCAAUCCGUCAUUCAUCCUUCCACCCCCGGCCUCCGCCACCCUCCUUGGGCGAUUGCGCUAUUGCGCGCUUACGACGCUGUCUGGGGGGGCAAACUCUUCUGGGAGGAGAAGAUGCGAUGGAUCCACCGUGCUGCGGUGAGGGAGGGGUGGGCCACAGCUGAUGGCGAGUUCGCACCCAGCAUAUUCGACCGCGUCGAUGCCCUCAGCAUCCCUCUUCGCCGCAUCGCAGAGGCGCUCCUUUCAGACGCACCGCUUGACACUCCACCUCCCGCGGCCGCGGUUGCAGACGCCGUCGACGCCCUCAUCUCGCCCCCCAGUGCCAUCAUCAUAGCCCCAUGGUAUGACGAGGGGGCAGGAGGCUGGGUCGUGGUGCAGUUCAUGAUCGCCCCAGCCCACUGCGAACUGCACUGCCCUUUUCAGGCCGCAGGGACUCCUGGCCCGGACCUAUUGGCCGCCAUCCAUGAGGCAAACAGAGAAAUCGACCUCCGCCUGGGCCGCCCUGUCACAGAGUGGGUGGUGGCCAGAUUAUUUCCGCCGUUGCACAAAGAUUUGAAGAUCGCCUCAUCUGGUGCGAUCGCCUACGGCAUCCUCCACACAGCGGUUAAUAAACGUGGCAUGCAUCCGGAGCCACCGCUGGAUGGCUGGUGGCGCCUGAAGAUGCUGGGCGACGCCGCUCUUGUGCGGCAAAGGAACGGGUCUCCCCUGCACGCUGAUCGCCAGGGCGCACUUGACUCAGUCUUGGCGACCAGCCCCGUGUCCAGCGAUCUCCAAAAUGCGACACCUGUGGCCCCUUCCCGCACUGACGUCUCCAUCCCGGGCGCCCUGUGCCCUGAGGCGCCCUCCAACGCAAAAGCAUCGACAAUCGCGAACCCGUUCAGCCUGAUCAUGUCUCGCAAGGUAAAACAAAGCGCCCGUCCGGAAAUGCCCGCGCUCGCAGCGAUGGUGGCAAGAAAUGCAGCGACGCUGGCGGCGUCGAUCCCUCCAGCCCAACAAACCGCACCGUAUGACGACCUGGCAGCAGUCGAAGCCCGGCUUCGCGCUGGCGUCACACGCGGCGUGGCCGCCGUUGGCUCCCUUCCGUCGACUGGAGAGAAACGUGCUCCGCCAAACGUGUCCCGGAAACGCGUUCGGGCAGGGAGCGACUUAGGAACGCCGCCACCGGCUAAGAAACGCAGGGCUUUCCUUGAGCCGCGGGGCGCUGCUCAGCAACGGGCCCUCGUUUUGGAUGCCGGGGCGGCCUGGCCCUGCGUCAGCCCAGUGGACCUGUCCGGAGGCCAAACGGACCCCGGCGCCCAGACCGCAAACGGCAGGCCGAAUGGCGGGCUCACCGGCCUGCUCAAUGGCGUCGUGGCCAAGAUGCAGCUCGCCGAGCAGAAGCUCCUUGCAAAGAUCACAAAGCGCGGUGACGACGCAGGAGGCAAGGGUGGCCGGGUCUCCGAAGCCUGUGCGCUCAUUGGGACGGCCCUGGAGGAGCUGAAAAUCGCCCAGCAGGCGGCGGGCGAAGGCGCUGCUUCAGCGGACCUCUGGGCCACUGAUCUAGCAGGCGUGGGGGCAAGAGGGGCUCGUCCCACAGCGAGCAAGGCAGAAAGAGAGCUUCUGGCUCCGGAGCUGCAUUCUUCGCAGCAGCUGUUCAAGACCCGCCCCACGACUCCACAAUGGGCGAUAACCGGAGGAUGCGGGUUUGACAGCGGCGCCACGCCUGAGUCCCCUUCCCCACCAGAAACGCUGCGCGAAACCAGCUUCGACCCCCUCACCCUCCGCAUGUCCGCUUCGAGGGCCAUGUGGCUGACCUCUCGCGUCCCUCUCAAACCGCACCAGAAGCUGCGUGCUAGCAGCGCACGCGCUUCCCCGGCGAUGCCUCUCACCGGCCCGGGCAUAAGCCAAUUAUGCUACGCGCCGAAAACAUUCUUCCAACAUCCUUGUAGAUUUGGAAACUCGAGUUCUGAUUGGCUGACGAUCAAUGUCUCGUGGAUGUUUCUCAAAAAGUCCCCACGUGAAGACAUACAACAUGAUGCAGGCAUGUAA